AUGGUGAAGAAGGAAGGCAAACAGCAAGAGAAUGGUAGAGGAGACGAACAAAGAAAAAAGAAAACGAAUAAACAACAGAAAAUGAAUAAGGAAGACGAACGGCAAGAAAAUAGUAAGGGAGACGAACAAAGAAAGAAAAAAAUGAAUGAACAACGGGGAGGCGAAUGGCAAGGAAGGGAGGUAAAUGAACAACGGGAAAAGCGAAUACCAAGGAAGGAAGGAAAACGGCAAGAGAAUGGUGAGGAAGGCCAACAAGGAAAGAAGAAACAAGGAAGACAAGACGAACGGCAAGAAAAGAAAAAGCAAGGAAGACAAAACGAAUGGCAAGGAAGACAAGACAAAUGGCAAGGAAAACGAAUAGUAAUAGAAUGGAAGGAAGAAAAACGGCAAGAGAAUGGUGAGAGAGACCAACAAGGAAAGAAGAAGCAAGAAAGACAAAAUGGAUGGCAAGGGAGACGAAUG